CCUGUGAGGUGAAUCAUGAAUCAGGUUGUUCUCACUCUGUUGUGUGCUCUGGUGUUUGGAGUGACUCUUACACACUCUGCAGGGCAAGCAGGGGGGUUGUCACAACGUUGCUUAUGCAGAGGCAAACUGCCAAAAGCAGUGAAGCCCAGAUGGAUUCAUGCAAUUGAAUUGUUCCCACCAAGUCCCUCUUGCUCAAAGACAGAGAUUAUAUUAACUGUGAUUGCAAAAGGAAAGGGAAAAGGAAAGAAGGUUAACAGAAGGUUAAAGGUCUGUUUGGAUCCAAAUGAGAGGCAAGGACAGAGAUUAUUGAAGGGCAAAGGAAAGCAAAACAAAAAGCAAAGGAACAGAGGAAGAAAAGAGAAGAUUGAGAAGUUUGACGACAAGGAUGGUUAUUGAAAUUAAUACACAAGACUUCAAAGCCAUUUAGCCAUAAAUGUAUUCUUUUUCUUUAUAUCUAUUUAUUGUUUUAUGAUUUUAAACAUUUCUCUAAUGACACUAAUACAGGCUUGUUUUAAUUGAUGCCAGUGAACGUUUUGUUCUAUCAGAAAUGAUGAGCACUUUGAUAUUUUUAAAAUUGUUAAAGUAUUGGAUAUGUCCAUAAUUACUACUUUAUUCACUUUUUAACUCUUAUUAAUUCAUUUUUAUACAACCUUUAUACAAACUCUAAUCCAGAGGAAGUCUGUGUGGGAUAUAACCAUGAAAUCAAAAUAAUUCAUGCUAAUGUGGUGUUUUGUUUACUUAAGAAUAUUACUAUGAAACAAUAAAUAUGAUUUUCAUUACAUAAGGAUGAAUCACAAUGGACCUUGACCAUUCAGUCCCCAAUAACUACUCUCAUCUUGCAGUAGUCUAUUGCUAUCUAUUGAUUUCAGUUAAAUGAAAAAUUCAUUACAACAAUACAGUUUUUGUCAUGCUCAUAUUCUAUAACAAUUCACUCUUUGUUAUGAAAAAUGAAGAAAUUGCAUAUGAAUUGAGUGCUUUACUGAGUAGUACAUUCAGCUAAACUUUUCUGGCAGAAAAUUCUGCCUAUGCAGAAAAGACCUUGGAACCAUAAAAGACCUCUUAUCCUGCUGCUCACACACAAACUUUUAUGUGAAAAGACCAUAGUU